GGCAGCUUUUAUUACCCCAGGUCUCGUUACCGCGCGGUGUGUGUGUGUGUGUGUGUGUGUGUGUUAUGCGGCGGGCUCGCGCGGGACCGUAACUUCGUUUCAGAUCUCUCUCAUCAUGUUAAAGAGCUCGAGCAGGAAGCACGCGCUGUCCGCGGCGGGAGCGGCCGUCACCUGCGCCGUGCUGCUCGUGCUGUUCGCUCAUCAGCGCAGGAGCGCGCACGGCGGAGACGCGGAUCUCGGGACGCGCGCUCUGCAGAGUGUGUCCGAGCCGGACGGGGAUGUAGCCGCGCAGGGCGAGCGAGCGGCGCAGGACGGAACCGGAAGGAGCGGAUUCUCCGCGUAUUUCUCCAAGCUGACGCGGAGCAGGAGGGACGCGGAGAGGCCCAGUGUCGAACCCGCGGCUCCGUCCGGCGCUCCCGCGGAACAGCUGCGUCCUGAGGACCUCUUCAUCGCCGUGAAGACCACCAAGAAGUUCCACCAGCCCAGGCUUGACCUGCUCCUGGAAACCUGGAUCUCAAGGAACGUGCAGCAGACGUACAUCUUCACAGAUGGCGAGGAUGAGGAGCUAAAGAAGAAAAUGGGAAACCACGUCAUCAACACCAACUGCUCGGCUGCUCACAGUCGCCAGGCUCUGUCCUGCAAGAUGGCUGUAGAGUACGACAAGUUUAUCGAAUCAGGAAAAAAGUGGUUCUGCCAUGUGGAUGACGACAACUAUGUGAACGUCAGGACUCUCGUCCAGCUGCUCUCGCAAUACCCUCACACUCAGGACCUGUACAUCGGCAAACCCAGCCUGGACAGGCCCAUUGAGGCAACAGAGAGACUCGGAGACAACAAGAUGCGACCUGUUAAUUUCUGGUUUGCCACCGGAGGAGCUGGUUUCUGCGUCAGCCGCGGUCUCGCGCUGAAAAUGAGUCCUUGGGCAAGUGGUGGCCAUUUUAUGAACACCGCAGAAAAAAUUCGUCUCCCUGAUGACUGCACCGUUGGCUACAUCAUCGAGUCGGUGCUCGGGGUUCCGCUGACGCGCAGCAACCUGUUCCAUUCACAUCUGGAGAACCUGCAACAGGUGUCCCGAUCAGAAGUACAGAAACAGAUUACAUUGAGUUAUGGUAUGUUUGAGAACAAGAGGAAUAUCAUCAACAUGAAAGGAGUUUUCCCGGUUGAAGAGGAUCCAUCCAGAUUUAAAUCCGUGCACUGUCUGCUCUACCCGGAUACUCCAUGGUGUCCUCCUCAGGUUGCCUAUUAAGGGAACCAGCUCCUGUUCUGUAUCCUCGUCCCGACUGUGCCUCAGUAUCUGAAAGGCACCGGGGACCAGUGUGGUAUUGGCCCAUGGGCUGCUUUGUUUGACAUUGCAGUGCGGCGUGGCCUCUCGUGUUUUUCUUUUCACUUUUAUACCGGGCUGCUGUGCGGCCUGCCUUCGGACACUUCCUUCUUUCCUUCCUUCCUGGUGCGUAAGCUUCCUCUCUGUGCGCUAAGCAGUGUGGCCUAGCGUCCGUCAGGAAAACUGUCUUUCGGCACCAAGCUUCACAGGCAAUCAGCUGCGCUCACGUCCUUCAUAUUGCUUGUAUCCAUUGCAAUUCUCAUAGAAUGCGUUUUUAUAAAUGUCCAUGCCUUUUUUUCUGCCAGCUUUACAUGCUUAGUACAUAUAAGCCCUUUUUAUCUUUUUCCAAAUGCAAGUCGGGAUUUUAACUUCAGACCUGGGGGUAACAAUCCUGAGUUUAAUUUAUAUAUGGGUGCUUUAUAUAUUAAGUUGUAAAGGACUCCGGACGACAUAAUUAGAUGAAGGGUAAUUCCGUUGUUGGUUUCAUUUUCAGUUUCAGUGUUAUUAUACUAUUAUUAUUAACUUUUGUAUAAAAUGACGAGCUGUAUAAUAUAAUAAUUUAUUAUAUAAUUUGUGCUGGCAAAAGGCAAUUUCCGUCUGUGCCGUCAGAUUGUUUGAAUCUGAGGUACGUUUGGAUGAAGCACUUUUCUAUCUUACUGUUCUGAAAAUGAUUGUGAUGACGGGCCUUGAAGCUGUGUGAUGUAACCCAAGCCCUAAAAAUGAUUCAAUUUUUAAUGCCAUGACUUGGACACUCUUGGCAUACAUUUUUGUGAUAAUUUUAAAUAUCUCUGUGUUAAUUUUCCUACGAGAGAUACUUCACGGCAUGUUGCACAGCUUGGGUGAAGAACUGCUCAUUGCUCCUGUAAACUUUUCAGAGGAUUGGACCUCGUCCAAUAUUUUAAAUUGAGUUUUAAUGUGUCGGAGUCCAAAUCAGUCAUCAAAAGCUCCACACAUUCGAUUGUUACAUGAACUCGAUCUCUGUGAUUAUUGGUCGUUACAUGAGCAAUGGCAGUGUUCCCUUUACAGAGACUUUCUCUGGUUCUUUUUAAAAUUUAUUUUAAUCACCCACAUUGGGUAGACUGUAUUAUAUUAAAGCAGUAUUUGUAUACUGUGCCAUGUACAUAGUCAUUUAGAUGGUAUCUCGCUUAUACCCAUGGAUCAGACAUUGUUCUGAUGACUGCUUUUUUUUUUUUUUUUUUUUGCUUAGUAUUGUGCUAAUGGCUGUAAUUUAUACUCCAGUAUCUGGAUUCUCCGAUUGUUAAAUGCCUUUCUCUCAGGGAUUCACGUCCUGAUGGAGUUACUGUAGUACUCCACUGUGGUAACUGUGCAUAAACUUUUGAAUAAAAAAACAGCAUACCUGCUGAGAAACUAAA